GAAAGAUUUGUGAUGUGGUGAUUCUAUAAAUCUUAAGUUGUUGUUUUUUCAUCAAACUUAUUUUAAUGUCUUUUAUUCAAUAUUUUGAAUAAAAAUACUACAGUAAUAUUAUAUUAAUGUUGAUUAUAUCGUAAUAAUGUUUAUAACAUAGCAAUAAUUUGCUUAAUAUGACAAUAGUGAGGAUUUUAUAAUUAUAAUGUGGUUAGUAUGUUGAUUGGAGUAGUAUUAGUAAUAAUAAGAAUAAUUAUCGCAGAUAAUGUUAAUGUGGGUGAUCCUAAAAGUGACAAGGUUACAACCGCUGAUACACAGAUCAUACAGAUAAAGCUAAAUGAUAAUUCCACUAAUUUAACUACCAAUACUAACGAAACUAAAGGGGUCCAAGUUGAGGGAAUAAAUGAUAAAGCUCCUCCCCCUGCUGCCGAACCUACAGCCUCUACUCCCUCAGGCACUGAAACCAUCGCAACAAUUACUUUAAAUAUCCCCAAUACUGAAGCGAAGACCAUUGAAAUAAAGAAUGUUGAUACCAAAAAUACACAAGCUCCACAGACUCAAUCUGUGCCAGCACAGCAGGAAACUGUACCACCAGAUCAACAAGAAGUUUCCGAAACAUUCUUUAACAAGAUAUUAAAAUUUAUAACCAGCGAUUUUAGAUUUUUGGUAAAGUUCGGGGCUGUUUUGUCUUCGGCUUUGACUCAGAUGAUACCACUUAACCUUAUUCUUACCAUUAGGAAGAAUAAUUCAACCAGGAAUUUAAAGUGCUUAAAUUUUGUUACUUCAGCUGUUUCAUCUCUUUCAUGGUCACUUUACGGUAUUCUUUCCAAAAAUGUCAUUCUCAUUAUAAGCAAUUUUCCAGGUGCUAUAAUAAAUUUGAUUGGUAUUUGGAUGUUUGUGAAGUAUUGUUCGGACCAGAAUGAGAAGUUUAUUUUGAGUGUUUCCUCAAAGAUCAGUUUUGCUCUUUGUGUUAUUUUACUUGUGUUAUUUUUCAUUUUAACUUCAACCACCUUUCUCACCGUAGUUGGACUCAUUGGAGGUUCACUAUUGGCGAUGUCGUAUUUGUCACCCUUGUUCUCGUUCAAGGAAAUAUUGGAGUCGAGAAACACGUCGACGAUGCCGACUGAGAUUUCGUUGGGGAACUUUAUCAGCUCGUUUUUCAUGUUCUGCUACGGGUUCAUCAUCUGGGACAUGCUUGUCAUAGCCCCGAGCUUUUUGGGCGUGAUCAGUGGGCUCAUACAGCUCACACUACUGUUUCUGUUCCCACACUCGGAUCGCAUCAUCAUCUCUGAGGUCGAAAUACUCGAACAACCCAAUAACUUCAGAUCAAUGCUCGCCAUGGAUCAGGAUGUUUAAUUUUUCAACUCAUUCACAAUUCAAAUUAGUUAUUAUUCUAUUUUUAUACUAUGACGACUUAUUUAUGGAGUAUUGAGUAGUUUAGAGUAUUUUGAGGGAAUUGUUUGAAAAUUCUAGCGUGGAUAAAAGAUGUGUAAAUGGAUGAUAACUAUUUUAAAAAUAUAAAUGAUUGAUAAAACAUUUAUUUAAUUAAGAAUUUAUUUUUUUUAUUAAAAAGAGAAAAUUUUAACUUUAGAAAAUGAAAAAAUUGGAAUAAUUUAACUAAUUGUGAUGUUGUGUAUAUUUGAAAAAAUGACGGUAUUUAUGUAAUUUAAACAUAAUUUGAA